GUCAUUACAGUAGAUGCAACGCUAUAUCGACUUGUAAGAGAUCACAGCCUUCCCCCAUUGAAUGGCUUCAUCAAAGUAUGCAUAUUACCGCCAACCCGACAUUAUCGCCCAAUUCGAACCCCUCCGCUCCAAACUCUCCCUCAGCAUCACCAUAGACCAUACCGCAAAAGAACUCGCGAAAUUCACUGAAAAACUCGUCGGAUUCCAACACGCUGUUCUCGGGUCCCCCAACAAAACCCGUCCAUUCGUCCGGAUCCCACAUAAACUCUUCAAGGAUUUUAAUCUCGAUGGGGCAUUGUAUACUGUACUCAAGAUUGCAUUUACGUGGCGGAUGGAUCAUGGAGUCAAGCGAUGGGAUUUGGAGAACCCUACGAAACGGGAUACUUAUAUUGGGUUGUUGAGGGUUAUUGUGGAAGGCUUGGUGCGUGAGGGGUUUGUAAAGUAUCCUUGUAUUGCUUUUGGAAAGUCUUUGGGGGAGGAUGUUAGGGAGGAAUUGGUGGAAUUGGCGCCGUUGGUUCAAGCCACUAUUGUACCCUACAUGACACCAUCCGUAACACACAUCCUCCAAGAAUCCCCCGAACACGAAACAGCAGCAACAACCACCGAACAAGAAUGGUACCGAACCCUCGAAAAACGCAAUGGAUACGUGUUAUUGCAUUAUUGGUAUAAACCCGAUUCAGCCGAUGUAUGGAUGCCAGAGAGUUCAGGAGAUUAUUUGGAUCCUGAGCCGGCGCCUGAACAUCAGGGACCUUGGCGGUUAUCGGUCCGGUGGUUGAGGGAUAGUGUCGCGAAUAAUGAGUGGAUGAAUGAAGAAGAUUAUGAAGCUGAGAAUCCGGAGCCACCUGAUGACGGCGAAGACGAUGACCAAGAAGAUGAAGAAGAUGACGACGAAGAUGACGACGAAGAGGAUGACGACGACGAUGAUGAUGAAGAAGAAGAAGAAGAAGAAGAAGAGGAAAUCGAAGACGAAGAAGAAGACGACAUGUCCGAUGUAUCCAUUGAAGGCGACAUGGACGGCCAAGACAACCAACCCCCCAAGCCCACUCCCAACACACCUCUUGAACCAACACCCAAAGCCCUCCCAAUCCCCAUCACAACUCCAAUAGAUCUAGACCGAAAAGGCAUCCGCGCCAAAAAAUACGAAUACGAACCCAUACCAAACGGUAUCCUUUCAAACAUUUCCCAAACGAUCCAACCGUGCAUGCCAUCUGGUACAUUACUCUCUCAAACCGCCACACCCGCCCAACAAUGGGAUUUCACUACCGAGACCUCUCCAACGGAUCUUGCGACAUGGACCAUCCUCCAUCACCCCAACGCCCCCUGGUUCUCCAUGGAAAGUAUCCACCCAAUCGAAUAUGACGCCCUCCCCACCUUCCGGACCCGUCCAACCGAAUACAAAACCAUUCGAAACGGGAUCAUAACAGCCUAUACACGCCGCAUGGAUCGGUAUCUACCCAUUGCGGAAUGCAGUGAGCGGUUAGGUGUACCUGUAUUAGAUAUUUGUCCCGUGCAUCGGUUUUUGGGGUAUUGGGGGUUAAUCCAUUCCAGGGUUCGACAAGGAGAACCUACCGGUCUAACUCGCCUAUACGCUGGAUUCCAACCCCUUUUGGAUACCGAUACGACCGUAUAUACACCACAUACAACACACCAUCCAUCACGUACUUGCCAUACAUGUCAAACAGAGUUGUGUACAUACAUGCUGGUUCACCCACCACAUGUUCUAUUCUGUGAAGACUGUUACUUGAUGGGUAAAUACCCGUUUGAUGUGUCGAGUAAGGAUUUUGUCCGUGUUGCUGGAGAUAGACUUUUGGCGAGGGGGGAAUGGACGGAUAUGGAUCGUAGUCUAGUGUUGGAUGGAAUGGAUGGAAUCGAGUCUUGGGAAAGUGUUUCCAAAAAAGUUGGAAAGAGUGUUCAAGAGUGUUUUUUGGAGGGGUUGAGAAUGGUUGAUGAUGAUGGGAGGGGGUGGUUCAGGGAUGUUGGGAAUCCCGUUUUGGUGCUUUUAGGGGUGUUGGAACAGGUGGUGAGUCCUGGUGUUGCGGCGUGUGCAGCAAAAGCUGCUCUGAGUGUUUUGAAUACGGAAAAGAUUGAGGUGGAUGUCAUGGUGGAUGCUGCGCUGGAAGCGGCAGUUCAAUCCGCGAAACAGUGUGCAGAGUAUGAGGAAAAGGAGGUGGAGAUUUUGGUGAGGGCUUUGGUAGAGUGUCAGGUUCGAAAAGUGGAGUUGAAGGUGGGGUGGGUGACAGAGAUGGAUUCAUAAAGGUGGGGGGCAGACCUUGUAUAAACCGUGUGUAUAGAGAUCAACAACGACGACAACUUUAUAUUUCUUUUUGUGGAAUCCAAUUAAAGAGAUUCGCAAUCCAUUACUACAAUUUUCU